CCUUGGAGCUGUCAGUUGUCUGUCGUAGAAUUUUCAUCCUUCCGAGCGUGUAGAACUUUUUUAACCAGGGCGCUCAAAAUAUCAAAUUUUGCCCACCAAAAUGUCUUACGUUGCCAGGAAAGGACCAAAGGUUAUGUCCGCCUUCGGAAGAUGGGCUUACAAUCUGUCCGGGUUCAAUCAGUACGGAUUGCAUCGUGAUGAUUGCCUGUACGAGGAUGAAGAUGUGCAGGAAGCGAUUCGCCGUCUGCCGGAGAAGGUUAAGGACGAACGCAACUAUCGUAUAAUGCGAGCGCUGCACCUCUCGAUGACGAAGACAAUCCUGCCGAAAGAACAGUGGACCAAGUACGAAGAGGAUUGCAAGUACCUGGAACCGUACCUGGAGGAGGUUAAGAGGGAACGCGAAGAAAUUAACAAGUGGGAAUCCAACAAGUAAAGCUGAUGCCAGACAGCGAUACACGAGCAAGCUACUGGCUGCGGCUGGCUGUGCGGGCCUUUUGAGCGGCUCUGCGCGGAUUGAUGCUGUUAUUAGGAAAAUAAAGUGGAUUAUUGGAACGUAAACAAAUUUAA